UAGACCGUCGAAGGCGGCUGGUGCUAAAAGGAAAGCUGCGUCGAAAAAAAGUGAAAUUAAUAGAAUGAAACAAGUGCUCAGUGACAGUGACGAAAAGAAAAAGCGAUAGCGACUGUGAGAGAUCUACAUUCUAUUUUCCUCCACUCUUGUAUUUGCAAGCACAUGCUUUAACUGAAGGGCCUGUUAUAGUUUAAAUAGACGAUAUCUAUGAAAAGACAACCCCGAAUGGUAUCUUUAACUCCGCCAACUGGUAGUGUCACGAAAGACCUAUUGAUACUGGAAUGAAUGUAGGUGCAGUCAUGCAGGAGCCAACUGCCGUUGUAUCAAGGGUUAGUUGAUGAAAGAGCACGAUGACUAGACCGAAAGACUACCUCUACAUCGUAAUUUCAUAUCUGCAACCGCAUCGCACAAAGAGUGUGACUCAAAUUUUGGCACACGGACACGUUGUUAUUAUUGCCGCUGGGGCUGUAGCGCCUGCUUGUGGGGCUUCAUUUCAGCUUAAACUAUACGCCAUUCAUGGUCUUGAUCUACGUUGUCGCUGCGCGCGUAGCUUGGUGUGUUAACGGG